AGGAAGUCCUUUCCUUUAUGCUUUUCAAUAGGCCUGCGGUGACACCAUCAAUAGUGUAGAUUUAUGUGGAUUUCUGAACCUAACCUGGUUUCUUUCCGGGCAGUGCAAAGACGGCAUCGUCUCCCCAAAGCAUGGCUGAGAAGCAAGGCACAGCGUUGGCAUCUGAGUGCCCGAUCUGCUGGAGCCCCUUCGACAACGCCUUCCGGACGCCCAAGCUCCUCCGGUGCCGACACACCUUCUGCAUCGAGUGCCUGGCCCACCUGAGUUUAGUGGCAUCGGACCCACACUGCCUGCAAUGCCCACUUUGUCGCCACCCCACCGAGCUCCCGUCCCACCAAGCCGUCACUGCGCUGCCCACCAACGGAGCCGUCUUGCGUUUGCUCCGGCUGGAGCCCAACCACGUUGUCUUGGAUGGCAGGCGGUUGUAUCUGAAGGACCAACGCAAGAGCCGGUAUUUCCUCCGCCAGCCGAGGGUUUACACCUUGGACCUGGGCUCCGAAUCCUCGGACACCGAAGGAGCCCAGACGGCGACCCCAAGCUUGCCCGACCAUAGGACACUUCGAGAGUGUUCCCGCAACCCGCAGCUUCGCCUUUUCUCCUACUUGAUGGCCGUCAUCUUGAUCGUCAUCAUGCUUCUGGUGUUCUUUAUCUUCUGGACCAACCAUUUCUUCACCCGUUCAGGAUGAGAAUGGGAACGGUAUUGUUGUUGUUUUAAAUUGAGUGUCUAUGAUGGGAGUGGGGAAACUAAGGGCACAUCGACACUGAUUCCUUUGUGCCGAUAGAUGAUGACACAGGACAUCCUGGAACCACUUUGAGGCCUGGAUAGUGAUGACACAAACCAAGCACCGAUGCACAUUAAGGGCUUCUCUUCUUGUGCUUUCCUGAGUUUCUUGUCUAACCACCACAGUUUGAAGCUAGUUUCAAACUACAUUCAAUGGGAUUUAUGUGGGUAGAACAGGGAUUCCCAACCCAUGGGCCGCGGCCAACUGGUGGGUUGCGAGACCUAAAAGAGGGUCCGCAAGACAUGCAGGAAAAAUUGCAAUUGCAGAUGCGCCGGGAUGCGUGUCACCGUUGGAGAAGUGUAAGAGAGAGGUCAGGGAGAGAAGGAAGGAAGGAAGGAAGGAAG